AUGGCAUACGCAAAGCAGUAUACGGAAGCAAAGUCUUUCUUCGCUGAUGCUGGCUAUUAUGACAAAUUCAUCGCAGGAAGUAGAAAGGAAAGCAAUGAGAAUAAAACAACAAGAGGUGAAAUGAACAUAGUACAAAAUGGAGUCGCCAAAAUAGAGUUAUCUGAGAAAGGGAAUGUGAAGCAAAAGUUUUAUUUCGUGCCAAGACAUCUGAGAUGGCCGAGAAAGAAGCAACUGAGGAUGAAUCCGUCUAAAUGUGCAUUCGGUGUUUCAUUAGGAAAAUUCCUUGGUUUCGUUGUUAGGCACAGGGGAAUUGAAGUCGAUCUAGGAAAGAUUGGAGCAAUUCAAGAAAUGCCACCUCCAAAAACACUAAAAGAGUUGAAGGGUUUGCAGGGAAAGUUGACAUAUAUUCGUCGCUUUAUCUCUAAUCUUACAGGAAAAUGUCAGCCAUUUUCCCAUCUAAUGAAGAAGGGGGUAGAAUUUGUAUGGGACCAACCGUGUCAAAAUGCAGUUGAUUCUAUCGAAGAAUUGCUGAAACAGCCCCCCAGUACUAGUGGCACCUGUGAAAGAACUCUGAUAGGAGCUGAAUGCAACUAUUCGCCCAUCGAAAAAGUGUGCUUAGCUCUAAUCUUCGCAGUACAGAAAUUAAGGCAUUACUGUCUCUCCCAUGAUAUAAUCUUGAUCUCGCGAGCUGAUCCCUUGAAGUUCUUGAUGAUAAGGCCGAUGCUAUCUAGGAGAUUGGCUAAAUGGAUGCUUCUAUUGUCGGAAUACAUGAUCACUUAUGAACCGGUGAAAUCAGUAAAGGGACAAGCAGUGGCAGAUUUCUUGGUAGCCCACCCUGUACCAGAUAAUGAAAUGAUCAGUGAUGAUUUUCCGGACGAGCAGGUAAUGAUGACAGAGUUACCUGCUAUCGCGCUAAGAAAUGUCAAAGAAAAAGAUGUCGUGGGUUUCAUAGGGCAUGUAAUCAUAUACCACUAUGGUAUUCCAAAGAAGAUCAUCACUGAUAACGGGACUCCAUUUAAGAAUAGAGGAAUGAAGAAAUUAUGCCAGAAGUUCGAUAUCCAGCAUUCAUUCUCGACACCCUACUAUCCGUCGGCUAAUGGGUUGGCUAAAGCAUUCAAUAAGACGAUUGUGAAGAUAUUGAAGAAAACAGUUGCAAGAAAUAAGCGCGAUUGGGAUGAGAAGUUGCAAGAAGCCCUAUGGGCCUAUCGAACUACUCAUCAUACUGUUACAAAAGCAACACCAUAUUCUUUGGUUUAUGGGGUUGAAGCUGAUAUCCCCAUUGAAACGCAAGUUGCGUCGCUCAGAAUAGUAGUGCAUCAGUCAAUUACUGAUGAUGAAAAUGCCAAGAUCAGAAAGGUCAAGCAUCGCUCCUUCAAAAGAGGCGAUAUGGAGUACUGUCUCUUAAAAUCUGCAAGGGAGGAGGAGGAUAGAAUUGUGAAGAAUCAUUAUUCUCUUCUGGAAAAUCUGAAGAUUCAUAAGUAUUCUUCAAAGGCGUACUAA